GGGUUUCUCUGCCGGAGGUAGCGACUAGCUUUUGUGUGUGUGGGGGGUGGAGAAGGGGAGUCGGAGCGUGUUUGGGGAUUACAUAGACUGAACGGUGAGUGGGGGCUGGGGUUAUAAUGCCCCAUGGUAACAGUCCCCAGGAUACGCAGUCUACGCCUCAGACACCUAAAAACAGCUCAGGGAAUGAUGGCGAGCAGCAAAGACCUCAGAAAGCCACACCCCAAUCUCCAGCACAAUCCUUUACACCAGCAGCCAGUUCUGCUGGACCCCAAUCACCCAGCUACCAGAUACAGCAACUCAUAAUGAGUCGUAAUCCAGUUGCCGGUCAGAAUGUGAACAUUACAUUACAGAAUGUUGGGCAAGUGGUGGCUGGUAACCAGCAGAUAACUCUGACUCCACUACCGAUAGCAAGUCCAGCCUCUCCUGGGUUCCAGUUCAGUUCCCAGCCAAGGAGGUUUGAACAUGGAUCUCCUUCCUAUAUUCAGGUCACUUCUCCAAUGUCUCAGCAAGUCCAGACACACAGCCCUACACAGCCCAAUGCUGUGCCAAUCCAAGCAAUACAAGGUGUUCGAACAGCAACCGCAGGAGCUAACUUGGGAAUGUGUAGCCAGAGUCCCACUCAUGGAUUUGUAGAUGCCAGUUUGUUUGUCAGACAGCUCAGCCUUGGUGCUUCUGGCACUGGGCACUUUGUCUUUCAGGAGGGCUCUGGCAUUACUCAGAUAAGCCCAGGAACACAAGUGCAUCUACCUUCUAGUACCUCCACACCAGUUCAGAGCCGUACUUUGUUGCAUUCCAAUUCACAGACUGCUGGCACCGUUCACCAGUUUGGUUCACAGAAUGCUGUCGCAACAGGAACCGGUGUACAAACCUUGGCAACUCCAAGCCACAUAACAGCUACCAAUAUACCAACACAAAUAAACAGUAUUAUACAAGGACAAUUCAUUCAGCAGCCACAGGUUAUCCAUGGCCAGCAGCUGGGAAGGACCAUCAGCUUUGACAGGACUUCUGGAGGAUUGAUAGCGGGUGUUGCGGGGACACCGACAUUUGGUGUAUCAUCACAACAAACUCCAACAAGCCCAUCACGGGCUUCUGCUCCUCAGGGACUCUCUAGUCUUCCUCUUACUCCAACAAUGAGCAGUACCUUUAAGAAACAAACUAAAAAGCUUGAAGAGAUCCCACCUGCCAAUACUGAAGAUGCUCGCUUGAGAAAACAGUGUUUGGACCAUCACUACAAAAAUAUAAUGCUCCACAAGGAAAACUUUAAGGAGUAUCUGAUUGAAUUAUUCUUUCUGCAUCAGUGUCAAGGAAACAUGAUGGAUUACAUGGCAUUCAGAAAGAAGCCUCCCAUAUCCCUGCAACACUUUCUAAAACAAAAUGAUUUGGAUCUAGAAUUGGAAGAAGAAGAAUUGCAAACAAAUUCUGUGGCCAUUGCGAUUCCGCCUUUGGAUACUCCUGCCAGCCCAGUGUCAGAAAUUCCAAUUGCCAUGGAGACCCAGACUUCACUUGACCCAACACAGAAGCAAUUUCUUGAUUUCAACUUCUCCGAGUCUGGAUCACAGUUACAAAAUGUAACACAUUUGUCUCCGCGCCAGCAAACAACUGGCAAACUUGGUUCUUCUAGUGCCGCUAUUGGAGUGCCACCCUCUCAACACCUGGCUUCCCUGGGUCACAAACAAACUGAAACACCAAAGGUAGCUCUGGUGCCAAACACUACCGGCUUUCAGCCAGGCAAAACUCAGGCUCCAAGAGUUGCCGUCUCUACUGCCCCCACCAGUACACAUCUCACACAGCAGCUCCUCACUGAUUCUCAGUCUUCGAAAGGAAAGCCUCAGGCUUUUAACGUUCCAAUCCUACAGUCUACCCAGAAUCAAAUCUCUCAGCAAGGUCAAGGGAAGCUGCUUGAUCAGUCGUCUUCCUUGAAAUCUUCCUUGCUGCUGCAGGUGUCAUCGAAGCUAGGCUCUGAUAUUACAAAACCCUCAACUCCUGCCCCUUCCUCACCUUCCACCCCAACCUGUAUCCCAGAACCUAUCCUUCCAACAGCAAGUGUCUCACCAAAGAGGAUGAUGUCUCCAGGGGGCAGCAAGGUUCUGUCACCUUCUUCAUCAAAGUCACCUUUACCUCUGGACCAGAGUUUACCAGCAGUUACAGAUGACCUACCACAGGAAAUGUCUAAACCACUAGAGCAGGAAAACCAUAUUCAUCAGCGAAUCACAGAACUUCGAAAAGAAGGCCUUUGGUCAUUGAGGAGGUUACCCAAACUUAUGGAGCCCAGCAGACCAAAGUCUCAGUGGGAUUAUCUUUUGGAAGAGAUGCAGUGGAUGGCUGCUGACUUUGCACAAGAGAGGAUGUGGAAAAUUGCUACUGCGAAGAAGAUGGCCAGGACAGCGGCAAGACACUUGACCGAGAAAGUGAAGAGUGAUGCCAGGGCCAGGAAGGAGGGAGAAGACAGACUUAGACGCGUAGCAUGGCUAGCUGCUCGAGAGAUUCAACAUUUCUGGGCAAAUAUUCAGCAGGUAGUGGAGAUAAAGCUUCAGGUGCAAUUACAAGAGAGGAGAAGAAAGGUCUUAUGUGUAAGACAUGAAAAAGAAAAAGACCAAGAAACUAAAAGGGCUGAAAAGCAAGGGAGAGCAGAGAGAUGUUUGGAUCCAUUUAUCUCAGGGAAUGUUUUUAAAGCAACUGAAAAUAAAGAAUGUGACACAAGUUUCGAUAGUGCUCAGAAGCAGGUGGUUCUCAUAGACUCUCUGCUGACUGUUGAUGGAAGUAGUGCUGCCCUUGUAGGUGUACGGAAGCACAAUCGGGACAUUGCUGAAGUUGCUGGUGCUGCAGAACUAUUACUGCCUCGUGGUAGUACACGCAUCUCUGGGAUAGUAAAAACUCCUGCUUCACCCCUUCUUCAUGGCAAACUUCGAGAUUAUCAAAUGAUUGGGCUUGAUUGGUUGGCUAAACAGUACAGAAAGAACCUUAAUGGGAUCCUGGCAGAUGAAUCAGGACUGGGCAAGAAUAUCCAGGUGAUAGCUCUCUUAGCUCAUCUGGCCAGCAGCGAGGGUGUAUGGGGUCCACAUCUAAUUGUUGCCCGAAGCUGCAAUGUUCUUAAAUGGGAGCUGGAACUGAAACGCUGGUGCCCAGCACUUAAACUCCUGCUGUAUAUUGGUAGUCAGCGAGAGCUCAGGAGAAAGCGUCAGACUUGGGAUGAGCCCAACAACUUCCACAUCUGUAUCACCUCUUACAAGCAAUUGUUCAAAGGACUCCAGGCCUUCAUGAAGAUGAGAUGGAAGUACCUGGUGCUAGAUGAAGUCCAUCAGAUCCGAAAUAUGAAUGAGAAGCAUUGGGAUGCUAUUUUGAAUCUUCCAAGUCAACGGCGGCUGCUUCUUCGAGACACUCCAUUGCCACACACGUGGAAAGACCUGUGGACCAUGGUGCACUUCCUUAUUCCAGGUUUAUCAAGACCUUAUUUGGAUUUCCCGGUGAAGGAGAGUAGUGACCAGGACCAAGAAUAUCGACAUACCAUUUCAAUACGAUUGCACCGGUCCACUCAACCAUUUAUUUUGCGACGGACCAAAAGAGAUGUUGAAAGGCAGCUAAACAAGAAAUAUGAGCAUGUACUCAAGUGUCAAUUAUCAAACCGCCAAAAGGUGUUGUACGAAGAUAUCAUGAUGCAGCCUGGAACUCAAGAUUCCCUAAAGGGUGGCCAUUUUGUCAGUGUUCUUCAUGUCCUGACACAGUUGCAGAGAAUUUGUAAUCAUCCAGAUCUGGUGGAUCCACGUCCUGGGCAUUCCUCCUAUACAUGUGAAGCUCUGCAAUAUGAAACUGCAUCUUUGGUUUUGAAGGCUUUAGAGUAUGACCCGUGGAAGAACCCAGAUUUGUCUUUAUUUGACUUAAUUGGCCUAGAAAAUAAAAUGACCCGUUAUGAAGGCCAGCAGCUUCUUAAGCGGAAAUUGACUAGAAAAUUAAUACAGGAAAUUUAUAGCACCCCUGAUCCUGCACCUCGACCCACCCGAGUGAAAAUGAAACCAAGCAGAUUGUUUGAGCCAGUCCUCUAUGGACAGAAACCUGAAGGACGCACUGUUGCUUUACCAAGUGCACCUGCAACUCGUGUAGUGACAACUACUACAGUCACACAACAGGGACAAGUAAAAAGGUCAUCAAUUACAACAUCUGUUGUACCUCAGGGGACCAAAGUACCUAUUACCCAGGGUCAGACUACACAUGUCUCUGUGGGAGUUCCUAGGCCUCAGGCACCAGCAACAUUUGCAGCUGCCCCUUCAGUAAGGCAACUAAGUCAGGCUCAGACUUCUCAGCAUGCUGUCCAGCAGAAUAUUAUGUCUCCAAGGCUGGUGCUCAGUUCUCAGGCCAGGCUUCCAAGUGGUGAAGUCGUAAAAAUUGCUCAGCUGGCCACAGCUGGAGCAGCCCAGGGGCGAAUUGCUCAGCCAGAGACCCCAGUCACCCUGCAGUUCCAAGGAAACAAAUUCACCUUGUCCCAGAGCCAAUUGCGUCAACUUACUGCUGGCCAGCCAUUGCAGCUACAAGGUAACGUUCUGCAGAUUGUUUCUGCUCCGGGCCAGUACCUGCGUACUCAGGGCUCUGUUGUUCUUCCAUCCGUGCCACAGACUGCAGCAGCUAAUGCCAUAAGAAACCAACCACAAAUGGGAGCUCAUCCACCUGCCAAUGUGCCAUCAGCUGCUCUUCUAACUGCCAAAACCACACAACCUGCAGUGGAUCCAGCUACAAAGUCUGCUCCAGCUUCACAUUCCCAGGAAUCUACAGAAGAUAAACAACGAUCAUUAAAGGAGCAUCUGGAUAGACUCUUCAGCUGCAAUGAACGGCGAUGUGGACGAGCUCCUGUUUAUGGGUCAGACCUGUUAUCACUCUUUACAUUGAGCUAUCCUAAUGCACGGCCUUUCAUGUUGGAUACACAAUGGCGCUGGACUGGGUCAGUACACUGUGCAGUCUUGUCUCAGUCUCCUGAGAACUCCGAUGACCCAUUGCAAGAACUUCUUCUGAGCCCAAAGCAGCAGAAAGCAGUUUUGGAACCCAUCGCUAAAAGGUCACUCUGUGUGAUCCCUGCAGCUGUUGCAACUCCACCACUUAUGACAGUACUGCACCCUCCUCCCAUGUACACUCACAACAUGAAGAUCCUAAAAUACUGUCUGAGGCAGCACAUAGAUCCAUACAUUCAGGACCUGCGGGAACGAACAUCUCCUCACUGUGUGCAGGACCCAGACCUGCGGCUCAUCCAGCGUGACUCGGGAAAGCUGGAAGCUCUAUCCAUCCUCCUCCAGAAACUGAGGUCUGAGGGUCGACGUGUGCUGAUUUUCUCCCAGAUGUUAUUCAUGCUGGACAUAUUGGAGAUAUUUCUGGACUACCAUUCAUUCCCCUUCUUAAGGAUUGAUGAGAAUGCCAACUUCAAUCAGUGCCAGGAUCUCAUGAAAAGUUUCAACAGAGACCCUCGUAUUUUCUCUAUGGUGCUGUCAACUCACAUUCGUUCUUUAGGGGUGCAUCAUGUAGAAGCAGAUACUGUGAUAUUCUAUGACAGUGAUUUAAACCCUGUGAUGGAUGGAAAGGCACAGUCAUGGUGUGAUCUCAUCGGAAGAGCAAAAGAUAUUCAUGUGUACAGGCUUGUGAGUGCCAAUUCCAUAGAAGAGAAGCUGUUGAGAAAUGGCACAAAGGAUCUUAUUCGAGAAGUGGCAGCUCAGGGCAGCGAUUAUUCUCUGGCAUUCCUAACUCAGCAAACUAUCCAGGAGCUUUUUGAAGUUUGUUCUCCACAAGAUGAUUCUGGGUUUAGGGUGAGAGCUGAAGAGUUUGUUCUGCUCUCUCAGGAACCAUCCCCAUCCGACAUCAUCACAGCCAAAGUUGCAAAGCCAUUUGUAGAGGCUUUAGGCAAAAUUGAGUUUGGACAAGAGGAAUACAUCACUGAAUAUGCUGACCAUGAUGGACCAAAGCCCAAUGCUGGAAUUUUCCUUUUUAGUGACUCAGAACCUAUGGAGACCCAGGAACCUUCACAGUUACAGGAAUUGUCUGACCUUAUGCAGCAAUUAACGCCCAUAGAGAAAUAUGCUCUACAUUACUUGGAGUUGUUCCAUGUCCGUGGAAGCAGUGACCACCCUGGAUACAUUGAGGAGCAACUAAAUGCAGCUAAGAAAGAGUGGGAUUCACAGCAUUUGAAGGAAUUAAAGGAAAGGAUGGAAUGGGAAGUGGAAGAAAAUGAGUUGCUGCUGACCUAUACACGAGAAGAUGCUUAUAAUAUGGAUUUUAUUUAUGAUGACCAAGAAGGAGAGACAGAAAUAAUGCCAAUAUGGACGCCACCAACUCCCCCUCAAGAUGAAAAUGACAUCUAUAUUGAUUCUGUGAUGUGUUUGAUGUAUGAUACUAACCUUAUCCCAGAAUCAAAACUUCCCCCCGUCUAUGUGAGGAAAGAACGCAAGAGACACAAAACUGAUCCAGCAGCGGCUGGCAGAAAGAAGAAGAUGCGACAUGGAGAAGCUGUUGUGCCUCCUCGCUCCCUCUUUGACAGAGCUGCUCCAAAUCCACUUAAGAUACGCAAAGAAGGAAAAGAGCAAAAGAAGAACAUUCUGCUGAAACAGCAGACCCAGUUUGCAAAACCUUUGCCAACCCUCAUAAAACCAAUUAUGGAGACUGGACCAGACAACCCUGAGUGGCUGAUUAGCGAGGACUGGGCACUGCUACAGGCGGUGAAACAGCUGCUGGAGCUUCCUCUCAACCUCUCUGUUGUGUCCCCUGCUGAUACACCAAACUGGGAUCUGGUAAGCGACGUAGUGAAUUCCUGCAGUCGCAUCUACCGUUCAUCCAAGCAGUGCCGCACCCGCUAUGAAAAUGUCAUCAUUCCAAGAGAGGAAGGGAAAUUGCUAUUUGAUGCAAGCCCAAAAAAGAAGUCAGAAAAUGUGUUUAAGAAUAAACCCCUAAGGACGAGCCAAAUAUAUGCACAAGACGAGGGACAAUCACACUUGCAAUUGUUCACCACUCGCUUUGACCUAAUGAAAAUGACAGCUGGAAAGAGAAGUCUACCUAUCAAACCUCUACUGGGUAUGAAUCCAUUCCAGAAAAAUCCCAAGCAUGCAUCUGUCCUUUCAGAGAGUGGCAUUAACUAUGACAAGCCAUUGCCACCGAUUCAAGUGGCUUCAUUGCGUGCAGAUCGUAUAGCCAAAGAAAAGAAGGCUUUGGAGCAGGUCCGAGCACAGCAGCAAUCUGGACCAUUGCCACAGCAAAAUGGACAGCAACCAACCCCACCGGCAGCUGUGCAGACAGCACAGGCUCAGACACCCGCUCCUGCCGUUACUCAAGCACAAGUUGUGGUUCAGCAGCAACCUGCAGCCAAGAAUCCUAAUACUGGUACAACACCUAUAACCACCCCAGCACUCAUUACUGGCACCAUCAAGGCUGCAGUACCAGGAACAACCAUAGCUACAGGAACUGUCACUGCAAAUGUUCUUGUAAACACUGUGUCAGGAGUGGCCGGUGUUCCAUCUGCAACCUUCCAACCUAUCAACAAGCGACUGGUGUCUCCAGUGGUAACUGGUACAGUUUCAUCUACUGGAGCAGCCACUGGGCAGUUAGUUCAGCAGAGGACAGCAACAACACCCACAGAGAUGGUGACCAUUGCAACCAGUCCAGGAGUUCGAGCUGUGACUGCAGGGACUGUGGUAUCUACCAACCUUACUCCUGUCCAAACUCAGUCAAGAGCCAUUGUGACCCAAGUAACAACAGCCACCACUACCCCUGGCGUUCAGUUAGCUGGCAAAACAAUAUCCCCAGCUCAGUUUCAGCUGCUUCGACAACAGGCUACUGCCCAGGUACAAGUACCUCAAAUACAGGCCCAAGCACACUCUCCAGGGCAAAUAAAGGCCGUUGCUAAGAUAUCCUCGGAACAGUUAAUGAAGUUGCAGAAGCAGAAGCUGCAGCUUUCUCAGCAAGUGUCGCAGACCGGAACACUGGCAGGUACCACCACACAAGUGCAAGUUCAGCCGCAGCAAGCACAGCAGCUGGCAACUGUAACUACUUCUCGAGGAGGAGCUGUCCUUACUGGAACCACAAUGACAAAUCUACAAGUGACUCGCUUGUUGCAGGCUCAGGGGCAGCUUCAAGCUCAACCAGGGCAGACAGCCCAAGUUGCACUGGCGAAACCACCUGUGGUAUCAGCUGUCGUUUCAUCUGGAGGCGUCACCACCCUUCCAGUGACCAUGGCAGGAAUCAGUGUUUCCAUCAACCAGCCUCAGAAAGUUGCAGGUGGGCAAACUGUUAUGGCUCAGCCUUUGCAUAUGCAACCCUUGUUGAAGCUGAAGCAACACCAUACUGCCCAGCAGUCGCAGCAGCAAAAAGCUCUCCAGACUCAUGCUACCAUAGGACAACAGAAGCCUUACCUCUCCCUCCAGAUAACCACACCUCAAGUGUCCACUGCAUCUCAGCAGCAAAAAGUCACCUAUACCAAUCAGCCAGCCAUUAAAACUCAAUUCUUAACCUCAUUAACUCAGGCACAGAAGGCACCUGGAACCCAGCAAGUGCAAGCUCAGAUUCAGGUUGCCAAGCUCCCUCAGGUGGUUCAGCAACAAGCUGCAAUUGCUACUCUUCAGCAGGUGGUGUCCGCCUCACAACAGGUUCAGCCACAGACUGUGACUUUGACCCAGGCUACAGCUGCUGGCACACAGCAGGUACAGGUGAUACCAGGGAGUACAGCUGCAACACAUGUAGUGCAACAAAAGCUUUUACAGCAACAUGUAAUGGCAGCUACUGCUUCACAACAACUCCAGGCUCCUGGAAGUCAGACUACAGCACCUGUAUCCAGCACAGCAGAGGUCCAUAAUCUGCAGGCAAAGCUACAAGUACGAACCCAGGCAGUCAGGAUUAAAGCUCCCACAAAACCCAGUUGAGGGGCAUAUAGGACAUAAGCCAUCUUAUGCACAAGGCCUUGUUAUGGAUUGAUCCAGAAAAUCAACUGAAGCAUUGGACUACUUAGAUCUUUCUAUGAUCGGACAUGUCAAAAUACACUCUUUUAUUUUCACAGGAAUCGCAUUUUAUUUUCCAGAAGACAUAACUUGAUGUACUUUGUUUGCUCAAGUCCCGGUAUUCCACGAGUUUCAAGUUAUCAUUUAUUGGAGUACCAGAACUGAGCCUAAGCCUGCUAGGAUCUUGUUGCAGAUCUCCUUGAAACAGCCUACUUUAGGUCCAGAUACAUAUUUUCUGUUAAUGUGUAUAAAUAUUCAGUUAUGUGGAGGAGUAGUGGACACUGGUCGAAGAGCUCAAAUUAUAUAUUUACUGUAUGGACAAAUUAAAUUCACUAUCCACAGGAGCACAACUCAGUGUAAUUUGCAGGCUUACAUUUAACUUUAUUGUACAUGUAUUGGAAAGGAUCAGUGUGUGUGCAUGAUAAAUACAUGUCCAUAUAUUCACACAACGGGUGUACAGCCCUAUCUACUGAUGACCAACCACAGUAGGGAUAAAAGCCAUAACUGGAAUAACAGGUUUCACAUUUGUUGCCUUUGUGGGUGCAACUACAAAAAAAUCCCUUGAUGUCGCUCACAGCCUCUUGAUUUCAUAGAGGACUUUGAAUCAGGUUAAAAAAAAGAAUUGAGAAUUUGGGCAUCUGAACUAUUUUUAUAUGAACAUGAAUUAUUCUACAGUGGGACAUUUUUAUAGACCUAAAAUCAUGUAUUCAGAUAAUAAGCCUUUUACUGCUGAAAGGGGAAACAACUCAUUGCUUAAAACAUUGGAUAGAUAACAGCAUUGUUUUCUGUUUUACUAACCCUAAUACAUUUAAAUACCUUGAUUAUCAGUUUACAGUUCCACAAAUGGUAAUAUUUUAAAGUGUAAUUUAUAUCAUUGUGUUCUAAUACAUGUAACAUUCUACAGCUGUGUAUAUUUUUCUGUACAGAGUAAGGUCAGUUUUAGCAAAAGAAGGGUAAUCGUCAGUAGAUGAGCUACAUCUCCUGUCAUCAAUCAGAGGACUGAUGAAAUGAUAUGGGUUGUAGUCCAUUUGAUCUUAAAGGUAGAUUUUGAGUCCUCUUGGUUUAAAUGUACCCCGCCCCCACACACACACACACACCCCAUUGUUUUAGGUUUAAUCAUUAAUGGGAACUUUAGCAAUGAGUGUCUAUCGGCAGUAAUAAUUGCAGGUACCCUGCUGCAAAAGGGGGCUUGCUUCUUGCACAGUAACUUCUUUUCGAAGUAACCAUCAGGUAUAAGACAGGACUUAAAUGAAAAGGGUCCAAGGUUUUCUGUCACUUUUCUUGCACCCUUCCAAAGAACCAAGAUGCAAAUCUUAAAUGUGAACAUUGGUGUAUGAGAUUGUAUAACUUUGAUUCUC